UUUAGAAAACAGUUUCUUAAGGAAAUCAACCCGACCCACGUGGGACGCUACGAGAACAACUCCCUCAGCAAGUAAACCCAAUUCCUUUCAAGUUUCAGCGAACAAACACCGAUUUCUCAGUUUAAUCUUCUGAUUGUUGGCUCUUUCUUCAAUCGUUAAUCAUGGUGCUCGAGGCGACAAUGAUCUGCAUCGACAAUUCGGAGUGGAUGCGAAACGGUGAUUACUCGCCCAAUAGAUUUCAAGCUCUAGCUGAUGCAGUUAAUCUCAUCUGUGGUGCCAAAACCCAGUCUAAUCCUGAGAAUACAGUUGGAAUUUUGACUAUGGCCGGUAAAGGAGUUCGAGUGUUAGUCACUCCCACCAGCGAUCUUGGAAAAAUCUUAGCUUGCAUGCACGGAUUAGAGAUAGGUGGUGAGAUGAAUUUGGCUGCUGGUAUCCAGGUAGCCCAGUUAGCUUUGAAGCAUCGGCAAAACAAAAAGCAACAACAAAGGAUCAUUGUUUUUGCUGGCAGCCCUGUGAAAUAUGACAAGAAGGUCUUGGAGAUGAUUGGGAGAAAGUUAAAGAAGAAUAGUGUAGCUCUUGAUGUCGUUAAUUUUGGUGAAGAUGAUGAUGGGAAAGCUGAGAAGCUAGAGGCGCUAGUUGCUGCGGUUAAUAACAAUGAGAGCAGUCACAUCAUUCAUGUUCCUGCUGGUCCUAAUGCUCUCUCUGAUGUGCUUAUAAGUACUCCUAUUUUCACUGGUGAUGGUGAGGGUGGAAGUGGAUUUGCAGCCGCAGCUGCAGCGGCUGCCGCUGGUGGAGUGUCUGGGUUUGACUUUGGUGUAGAUCCUAAUUUGGAUCCUGAACUUGCUCUAGCACUCCGAGUUUCAAUGGAGGAGGAAAGGGCGAGGCAAGAAGCAGCUGCAAAGAAGGCUGCAGACGAAACUGCUACACAAGAGAAAGGAGAAACUUCCCAGGAUGUUACUAUGGCUGAAAAUGUCAAUACUGGAACUCCUGAACCCGAAAACAAGGCAACUGAUCUGAUGGAAGAUGAGAAUGCCUUGUUACAGCAAGCCCUUGCAAUGUCGAUGGAUGAUGCUUCCUCUAAUGUUGCUACACGAGACACUGACAUGUCGGAAGCGGCUUCCGAAGAUCAAGACUUGGCACUUGCUCUUCAAUUGUCUGUGCAGGACAGCACAAAUGAUCAGUCAAGUCAGACAGAUAUGAGUAAGCUGUUGGCAGAUCAAUCUUUUGUGUCAUCAAUCCUUGCCUCACUUCCAGGCGUUGAUCCAAAUGAUCCCUCAGUUAAAGAUUUGCUUGCUUCCAUGCAAGGCCAGUCUGAGAAGAAGGACGAGGACACGGACAAGGAACAAAAAGAAGAGAAGAAGUAAUAAUGCGUACAAGUAUGUUGAGCUGAGGCAAAGAAGUUCAGAUGGUAAUGAGGUAGGGGUGCUGCUGAAAUUGCUUAUUGGAAUGGGGCUUAUUAUGUCUGUGGAAAAGGGGACUGUAUCUUGUUAUAGUUGAGGGAUUCAUUGAAUAGUUCUUUCUUUAAAAUAUACUGUUAUAAGAUUAUGAAACUCUUCAGCUAGCUUGAUUUGUGGCUUCCAGAUGAUUUGUAUUUAUUUCUCAAAGAAAGAAAGAACAGAUCUGCCUA